UAAACGCGCGCCGGUCCGCUACUUUCGAAGUUCAACAUUUAAAAGAAUACAUUAUGGCUCUGGCAGGAGUGCGUGUAAUAGAGCUCGCGGGACUGGCCCCUGCACCCUUCUGCGGGAUGAUACUGGCGGACUUCGGUGCAAGAGUGAUCCGGGUAGAUCGGACGAAGGGGACAAUGACUGUAGAUACUCAGGCAAGAGGCAAACGAUCAGUGGCCUUGAAUCUGAAGAAUCCCAAAGGUGUGGCUGUUUUCAGAAGACUGUGUGUCCAGUCAGAUGUGCUUCUGGAGCCCUAUCGUAAAGGUGUUAUGGAGAAGAUGGGAUUAGGUCCUGCAGAUUUACUAAAAGAGAACCCGCGCCUGAUCUAUGCACGACUCACAGGCUACGGUCAGAGCGGAUCCUACGCCAAGGCUGCCGGCCAUGAUAUCAACUAUCUGGCCAUGUCAGGGUUACUGUCCAUGCUGGGCCGCAGCUCAGAGAAACCCUACGCUCCACUGAAUUUGGUGGCAGACUUUGCUGGAGGAGGUCUCACGUGUGCUUUUGGGAUUGUGUUGGCUCUCCUGGAAAGGAGCAGGUCAGGACAAGGCCAGAUCAUUGAUGCCAGCAUGGUGGAAGGUGCAGCAUAUGUCGGCUCCUUCAUGUGGAAGUCCCGUAGCCUCGGCCUGUGGAAUCGUCCUCGUGGGGAAAACAUGCUGGAUAGUGGCGCUCCAUUCUAUGAUACGUACCGUACGUCUGAUGGAAAGUAUAUGGCAGUGGGAGCGAUUGAACCUCAGUUCUAUCAACAGCUUAUUAAAGGUCUGGGCUUGGAUGAUGCUGACCUGCCCGCACAAAUGAGUGUAUCUGAUUGGCCGCAGCUCAGGCAGACAUUCACCCGGGUGUUUGCAACCAAGACACAAGCAGAGUGGAGUCAGAUUUUCGAUGGGACAGAUGCCUGUAUCACCCCUGUGCUGUCACUGGAUGAGGUACUCUCUCACCCCCACAACCAGACCCGGGGGUCGUUCUUUAAGGACUCUCAGGGGGAAAUUUGCCCCCGACCUGCACCCGUUCUGUCCCGCUCCCCUGCAGAGCCCUGCCUCUCCCGGGACCCCUUCAUCGGAGAGCACACUCGCUCUGUGCUGAAAGAGUAUGGGUUCGAGCAAGCGCAAAUAGAACAGCUCUUGUCUGCUGGUAUCAUAGAGUGUAACGAAGUUAAAGCGCGGCUAUAAAUCAAAGACUGACUGGAGAAUCAUUACACUUUGUGGCCAGCGAUGCAGAGAAGGAAUCUGAUCACUUGGACUCCUCUGUCUCGUUGAGUGAGUGUGAGGGGGCAUUUGAGAACAAAAUUACGCUCCCUUGUGAAUAAGUGGAUGCUGCUGUGGAAGUGGUCUGAAUGAGUCUGGGCUUUUAAGUUAAAAUGUCCGAAUAUUUCAACUCUCAUUUGUAAUCGCUGUAGAGAGAAUCAAGUGGGAUUUAAUUAAAGCCUAUUAGAAAUA